ACAGAUUGCUAUUUUUACCUUGAAUCACUUGGCACAAACUUGGUUCUGGAUGUUUAUAACGGAGCUACUAAAGCAGAUGCCAUCUUGAUUAUCUGGUCCAUGAAAACCCAGAACAAUGAGAACCAGCUCUGGCGUAGUGAGGAUGGUUUCUUAAUCAACAAGAAGAGUAAUCUUGUAAUCGAUGUUCGUGGAGGCGAAUUAAAGUCAGACACUCCCCUUGUCCAAUACGAUCGUAAGAUGACCAUGGCACACAAUCAGAGAUGGGGAUUCAGAAAUGGCUAUGUAUAUGUCUUGGCAGACCCUCAGCUUGUAUUGGAUGUCAAGGGAGGAAAGAAGAAGGACGGUAAGAAAGUCAUUCUGUAUGAGCGCAAGCAAGAAGAUAAUGUCAAUCAACAAUGGAGAAUCGUUCCUUGUGGCGCAUAUCACCACAAAACACCUGAGGAGGCUUUAGCUGCGUAUUCCAUGCCUCCUCAAUAUGCUCAGCAGCAGCAGCAGCAUCAUCAACAACAACAACCAUAUGGUCAACAGCCAUACGGUCAACAAAACCAGUACCCUCCUCAAAAUAGCUCAUACGGAGGUACUCCAGGCUAUGUUAUUCCUGACAACCAGAGCCCUCGUUAUCCUUAUGGCCAACAGCCCAAUGUGUUGCCUUAUGAGCAAGCCCAGGAAGCACACAAACAGGUGUACGAAGAACGUAAAGCACAUUUGUCUCACCAAGUCAUUGCAGGUGCAGCUGGCUAUGAAGCAGUCAAGGCAUAUAUUGCACACCAAGAAUCAGAAGGAAAGCCUGUUAACCACCAGUUUGCUAAGAAGGCAAUCGCUGGCCUUGUAGCAGCCCAGAUGCUCAAAUUUGCAGAAGAGCAUGACUGGAGUGGCAGCGACAAGGAAAAGGCAACGCGUGAAGCCGAACAAGCUGCGGAUAACUACUUUACGAGAGAGAUCAACUCUCGACAGUAAAGAAUAAGAAUAAUGGGAUAAGAUGAAUACUAAUACCAAUAG